AUGGAUCGCCAAACAGCCCUACCAAGUUUCCAGAACCAAAUGCGUAAAGCCACUUGGGGUAUGUUCGGCCACGAUACCCAGGCUCGACACGAUGGCAAUGGAAUGCCAGAUGAGCGCACGCCUCUUGUAAACGGAAACGGCAGUUCGCCUUCCCAGAACGGUGGCGCGAAACACCGCGGUCUGGCAUGGGAGUUCUUCUUCAAUUCGAAGGAUACACCUGGCUGCGACAGCCCAAAGCCGUGGGUAAAAUACCCUGCGCAUGUGUGGCAUAUCACAAAAGCCACGCUCCUGAGUAGCCCGGUCAAUAUCCUUCUUUUUGCCGUACCAAUUGGUAUCGUUGCAGGAAAGACGCACUGGGACCCCAUAGCUGUCUUCGUGAUAAAUUUCUUCGCGAUCAUCCCGCUAGCUGCUGUGCUUUCUUUCGCCACGGAACAGAUAUCCGCCAAGUUAGGAGAAGCCUUAGGUGGACUUCUGAACGCAACUUUUGGAAAUGCGGUUGAAUUGAUUGUUAGCAUCAUCGCACUCCGCGAUCGCCAGAUCGAAGUUGUGAAGUCGUCCAUGAUCGGUUCCAUCCUCUCCAACCUGUUGCUAGUUAUGGGCAUGUGUUUCUUCUUUGGUGGUAUUGUCAAUAUGAAAGACUCACAGAAUCGGGGAAUGGAACAAGAAUUCGCGUCUAUUACGGCUCAGACAACAGCAUCCCUUAUGACUCUGUCGGCUGCGUCCAUAAUUCUUCCUGGAGCUUUGUUCAUGAUCGUAAUGAGGGGUGACAAUGCGAAAGAUGGACGAGAAAUUACUCUGUCACUUUCGCGAGGCACUGCCAUCAUCCUCCUACUCAUCUACGUCCUCUAUCUCUGGUUCCAACUUCGGACACAUCAUAACCUAUUUGGCAACGAGAAUGCUGGUAUAGAAGCUGGACCAGCGCAAAUCGAGGGAGCAGAAGCAGAACAGGAUGAAGCGAGGACGACCGACCCUGACGUAGCCGGGCACCAUGGACAGCACAAGGAGUCCGAGGAGGAGGCAGUCAUGAGUCCUUGGUCUGCCGGUGGUGUCUUGAUCGUAACUACUAUUCUGGUCGCCAUCUGUGCUGAUUACUUGGUUGAAAGCAUUGACUCUCUCGUGGAGCGAGGUGGAAUCAGUCGUAGCUUUAUUGGUCUUAUCCUCAUUCCUAUUGUUGGCAAUGCUGCGGAACACGUCACGGCAGUGGUGGUCGCUAUCAAAAACAAGAUGGAUCUUGCAAUGGGCGUUGCUAUUGGCUCCAGUAUCCAGAUUGCUCUGUUUGUGACGCCGUUUUUGGUAGUUCUCGGCUGGAUCAUGGACCGCGACAUGGAUCUACAUUUCGAGACCUUUGAAACUGUUUCCUUUGGAUUGGCUGUUCUGGUUGUCAUCUACACAGUCCAAGAUGGAAAGUCCAAUUACCUUGAGGGUGCUAUGUUGAUGAGUCUUUAUGUCAUCAUCGCAAUUGCAUUCUUUGUAACGCCGAGCCGAUAUUUCGACGGCAAUCAGAUCGCCUCUGGAGAAGUGGUUACGACCACUCCUAUUUAA